AUGCCAGAGGAACCCAGUAAAGACCCCAUGACAGUGCCAGCAACCCCAGAAAGAGCUGUCAUGGAGAAGGCCAACAUCAAUGACCACACUCCGACUGUGACUAUAGUAGCUAUCCCUUUGGUCACUGAAAUCCAACUGAAUGCGGCCACAGGUGGUGCAGAACUCUCCUGCUAUCGUUGCACAGUGCCGUUUGGCGUGGUCAUUCUCAUUGCCGGUAUCGUGGUCACUUCUGUGGCCUACAGCUUCAACUCACAUGGGUCCACCAUCUCCUACUUUGGGCUGGUGCUACUAUCUGUUGGACUGGUGCUAUUGGCGCUAAGUGCGGUAUGCUGGAAGAUGAGACUUGAGAGAAAGAAGGAGAGGCGGAGGGAAAGCCAAACUGCACUGGUUGCAAACCAGAGGAGCAUCUUUGCAUGA